CUCCGCGGCUCCGCUGCCGGCCACGUCCCCGCGCCGGACCGCGGGCGCUUUCUCCCCGCCCGAGGGCCGCCGGGCCGCCGCAAGGCCUGCCGCGCCCGGAUGCACCUUUCACCAGAGUGGAGCAUCUACCUGGACCCCACCUGCGCCGUGGAGCGCGCCAUGGCCUGGGAGUGCCCUGCAAAGCUGCCCUCGCCUCCCGCAAAGCCAGACCUCACCCUGCAAGCCCUCAGUGCCAAGCCCUCAGCUCUCCAAGGAAGGUGGCCCAGCCUGGGAGUGCACCCUGAGCAGCUGCCUCUCGAUGCCUUUCGCACUCGAGAGCAGAUGCGACUCUGGUUGGUAGGGCCCAGGGACCUUUUGACACCUGUGAGACCCCAGGAACCAUGAUGGGACGGUUUCGGCGGGAAAGCGCGCCAUGAAGCUAAACUGAAGUCCCUCGGCCAAGCAGCAGGGAGCCCUUAGCAGCCUGAGGCACGGCUGGCUGGGAGCCUCGGGGACCACCCAGCCUCGCUCCCGGCCCACCUGCAAGAUGUGGACAGCCCUCGUGCUCGUUUGGGUUUCCUCCUGGUCCUUAUCCGAAAGCCUGCACACAUCCGAGCAUCCACUCCUCAACCAGACGUGGGACCAUUUGGAGAAAAACUCAUCCAUGCAAACAGCGACCGGAGUCUUGAACACAACAGCUGAGAGAAUGACCCUGGCGACACCGUCUCCUGUCACGCUGACCAGAGGGACUUGGGGAGGUGACCACACCUCUCCUGCAAUCACAGCGGGGACGACACACAGGACAGACGUGGGCACUUCUGGGCCGGCUGGAGGGACCCAGGCCGGAGCCGCCUCCAGAGCUCCCGUGCUGCCCGCCCUGACAUCUGCCUGGAGGACCCCGUCCGCACCUGGUACGCGGGCGCCCGGCAACGGCACGUCGUCCAGGCCAGCGACGGCCAUGCCGCCUGCCCCGGCAUCUGCCUGGAGGACCCUGUCCUCCCCUGGCACGCGGGCACCCAACAACGGCACAUCGUCUAGGCCAGCGACGGCCAUGCUGCCCGCCACACGCACACUGGCCACAAGUGCCCAGCCCACUGCCACGAACCCCACAAGUGUCAGCAGCCCCGCAGGCUCACAUGGUCCUCCCAGGCCCACCGCCAGCCUGACACCCUCAAGUCCUCAAGCACUCAGUGAGUCCACGCGGGGCCCCACCAUCCAGGCGCCAAGGCCAAUGCCCUGGACUGUGGAUGACAUGGCACAGAGGCCCACACCCACCCUCUUAAACACAACCCCGGAGCCCACCUCCCCAUCUGCGGCUUCUGAGUCUACGAUCGUGGGCUCCACGACCAAGGCCCCCGAGCCGACCGUCAGCACAGCGGCAGCCUCCACACCUCACACCAGCCCAGCCCCCGUGGUGGAGGCCACAACCCCCACGACACGGCCCAGCCCUGCCACAUCCAUGCCGGGGGCCGCAGGGCCGGGCACGGCUCAGACACCAGAGCAGGCUGAGCCUGUGGCCACGCCUGGUACUACUUCCCUGGGGCCGACCCCCGGGGACUCCAGACCCACAGACUUGUGCCAGCCCAGUACCCAGGGCCGGUACCUGGUGGUCUCCAGCGAGCCCCUGGCCCUGUCCUCAGUGAACAGAAGUUUCCUCCUGGCGGUGCUCUUGCUGGGGGUCACCCUCUUCAUCACGGUCCUGAUCCUGUUUGCGCUGCAGGCCUACGAGAGCUACAGGAAGAAGGACUACACGCAGGUGGACUAUCUCAUCAACGGCAUGUACGCUGACUCCGAGAUGUGACCUGCGGGCGGGGCGGGUACUGCGCUCAGCCGGGCCUGGGGCCGGGCCCCCCCUGCCCUACCUUCAGGGUUGCCUCUGAGGCCAAACCAAGUGCUUCCAGAUUCUUUUGGUGCAAUUUAGGAGACAUGCCAGAUGCUUAAACACAUUUAAUUGCUGUCAAGAUUAAUUCCACGAUCACUAAAGAGCGGCUGCUUUUUUUCAUAUUUAUUUUUGUAAUGAUCAUGUUGACAUGGGGCCAGUGGUUCUGCCUUGGGAUGGGGCUGGCGGGCCCCCCGGGGUGGGUCCUGACCUUAAUUAAAGCAGUGACCCCUUU